AUGACACAGCAGGUUUACAAAAUGCAGUGAGUGAUGAUAUGAAGAAGAAGAAAAGAUAAUUUACAAUUCUGUGGUGUUUGUUUAUGUUGCUGGUCUUUCUCCUCUUUCCUCUGUAUUAACACACGCUCCGCGGAGGUAUGACACUGUUUUCCUUUUGAGAUUUUCCCUCCACAGUGAGGUUAUUGUGUGAACUUUCUUUUCUGGCGUCGUGGACCAACUAGCACUUUUGUGGGUCGUUAAGACUCGGUCGCCGUCGAACAAAUCUGCACAUUGAGAUGUAAUUUGAAACUCUGAGAGGGGGUUUUAAGGGCAGGACAGGCAGCCGUGAUUGGUUCAGUGUUGCCGCUGGCCCCUCAGAGGCUGCACCUUCUCGACACUCCCUAAAAGGAAGAGAGGUUGUCGGGCUGCUUUAAGCCCGUUUGUCCCGCACUGUUAGCUAGCUAACUCGGCUGUAUCCGUGGAGUUAACUCUCGUACCGAGGAGGGGAGAGGAGUGAAGUGCGAGCCCGAGCUGGAUGGAUGGUUAUGGGGAAAAGAGGAAGACCGUCGGCGCUUGACGUGUGCAGAGUCCUCGCCGUGUUUCUGUCGCUCUUCCCCGCCGUGAGUCUGCAGUGCAAGAUCCUCAGGUGUAACUCCGAAUUUUGGGCCUCCACCUCAAACUCUGGACCGGAGGAGGAGUUUUGCACGGCGCUACGAGCAUACAACAGCUGUGUACGUCGGACCGCGCGUACCUGCAGAGGUGACUUGGCGUACCACUCCGCCCAGCAUGGCAUAGAAGAUCUAAUGAGCCAGCACAACUGCUCUAAAGAAGGGCCAACAUCCCAACCACGUGCACGUACCCCACUUCCUCCUCCACCCCCUCCGCUCCCUCCUGACAGCCAGGAACGGUCCGAUGGCCCAGAAGUGUGCCACUAUGAGCGCAGUCUUCCACGUAACACAGCACCGCCUAACUACACCCACUGUGGCUUCUUUGGAGACCCGCAUCUCCGGACCUUUGGUGACGACUUCCAGACGUGUAAGGUGGAAGGAGCCUGGCCACUCAUCCACAAUAAAUACCUGUCUGUCCAGGUGACCAACACUCCUGUCGUGCCAGGUUCUUUGGCCACCGCUACAAGCAAGCUGACAAUCAUCUUUAAGAAUUUCCAGGAAUGUGUGGACCAGAAGAUGUACCAUGCAGAGACAGACGAGUUGCCAGCUGCAUUUGCAGAUGGCUCCAAGAAUGGAGGGGACCGACAUGGAGCGAACACUCUGCGCGUGGUGGAGAAGGUUCCUGGGCAACAUGUGGAGAUUCAGGCCAGGUACAUUGGAACAACCAUAGUGGUCCGGCAGGUAGGCCGCUACCUGACCUUUGCUGUGCGGAUGCCAGAGGAAGUUGUGAACUCCGUGGAGGAAGGUGAUAACCAGGACUUGUACCUGUGUCUUCACGGCUGUCCUGCCAACCAGCGCAUCGACUUCAGGAACUUCAGGGCUCAAGCAGCCGAGGCCCACAGUGCAGGCAGGACCAGGAGUGGCACCGGGGCGCAUGGCUUUACCUAUCAGUCUGCCAAGGCCAAGUGCAAAGAGCGACUCCCGGUGGAGGACCUGUACUUUCAGUCCUGUGUGUUUGAUCUCCUCUCCUCUGGAGACAUAAACUUCACCAUGGCAGCCUACUACGCCUUUGAGGAUGUAAAAAUGCUCCACUCAAACAGCAAGAGAUACCACAUCUUUGAAAAGGAUGCUUUUAUGAGCAGUGCUGCGCAGAGGGGCAAAGAUGUUUUUGAACUCUUUCUCCUCAACCUGCUUGCUGUCUUAUUGUGGAUGGAGUGCUGCACAGUUCAUCUAUAGGCCCUUUACAACAGUAUCCUCAUAGUGUAUCUGUCAGUGAGUGAGUAUUGUCGCUGUGUCGUUGGCUGCCGUCUUUGCUCUGGUUCCGUGAUGUGAACGGCGACUCGCCUGUGGGGUCUUCCCAGUUCUGAGUCUCAUUUUAGUCAUUGUCAUGUCUUGACUUCAGUCUAACGACAAGGCGAGUUUCACCGUGCUCCUACCUAUCAUCACAUGUAUUUAGUUGGUUCAUAGGACUGGUCUUUGAAGAGAGCAGCGGUGAGAGAGCCCAGCUACUCCAGAGCUCAGGAUAUCCACCUGGGAUUAAAUCCCACAUUCUCACCAGGGCUGCAUGCCUAUGGGAAGCCGGACAAGAUGAUCUUUUGCAGAAAGAGGAGUUUGCUGAUCCUCCCUCCCCUGAUCCCCUCAUUGGUGCCAAGUCAGUGAAGCUCUCUGUGGCUCAUGUGGUGAAGUGAGGGGACCUGACAGGGGCUUUUGUUAACCUAAGGCCAGAAGCAGCUCUAUGUUUGAUUAGUUUCCAGCUUUGGAAAAGCCUGAGCCUUUUUGGAGGAAGCACUCAGCCAAAAGGAUGUCAGAGCAGCGUCUCCAGUUGUCUGCUGUGGAGAUUAAUGGGUCAUAUUGUUAGGUUUUGCGUGUGUCUGUGUGUGUGUGUGUGCGUUUGUGUGCAUUAGUACAAUAUGUGUGCAGAAUUCAACGUCUGUGGUUAAUUUUGUGUGUUUGUGGGUGCAGGAGUUCCCAGAAAUGAGAUAACAAACCUCCAGUGGGAAAAAUCUUUCCCAUGUCUACAUGUUGCACCCAAAAUCUCAGAAAUAAAAAAAAGACGAGGCGCUCUACAGUCUACAGUUAUAAUGGACUCCAUCAGCCAAGUAGCAAAUCCCAAAUGGGAAGCUAUAGAAAAAUAAUCUCUUUUCAUGUAUGUCGUUUUCAGUGUCAACCAGCCUUUCAUGCCAUUGUUUGAUCAGACAGUGUUUGUAUUUUAAGUCUGUAAUGUGAAUGUAGCUGACAAGAAAGCAAGAGAACAACCUUAGUUAAGGGCACUCAAGAGCGUUUACAGAAUUUAGAUCACGACCAAUCAAAAUGCGAAACCUCUUCGAUAGCAUUUUGUGAAUUUAACUCUCCAUUUCAAGCCUCAGUCGUCGCCAGCAGUGGUGUAGAUACUGUUAGUACUAGCUGUAAAGACGUCACCGCAAGUCAGUGUGGCAUUUUAUAGACUACCAGUGUGCUGACCUGACUGUGGCUUAGUGUGUAAAUGAUAAGCAUAUGUCUGUAGACGUGAUUUCAUGGCUUAAGUCAUUGCCAAAGAACAAGCCCUUGUGCCAACAUUUCCCCAACAACUGAAUUUUCAUCCUUCAGCCUUAAACGGUUCACGAUAGGGGGAUUCUUAAUUGUAACUUGUGUUUGGUGAAUUUGCGGUUUGCAGAAAAAUUACAUUGACACACUAUAAAAGCAGCAUGUGUCUCUUGCUUUUGCAGCCUCACUUUUGCUUUUCUUGCGUUUCAUGAUCACACUCCUCACUACAAGAGGUUUCCAUUUGAACUUUGUCUCUCAGCUGCAGUAUCUGAUAAUGUGCAAGUCCUCCUUGUAGAUACUGUUACUACUUGGGCACAGUUUUACAGUCAUUUAUCCUUUACACUGAAGUAUUUGGCAGGCCUUACUACUGCUAUUUGGAACAUGUAUUGGUGCAACAACAAAAAAAAAAAUCUUAGAAACAAAUGAUUGUAAUGUUGAAUCUUGUGUUGAUAGAUGUAAUUUGUAUUUGCAGAUUUUCCAGUAUAUGGUUCUACACGUUUAAUGUGAGAUUGUACAUACGUUGUGUGAGUUUAAAUUUAUAUAAUACCAGUUGUGUUUUGAACUUAUCACUCAUAUUUGUACAUCUGAUGUUUUGGUGAAUGUGAUUUUUUUUUUUUUUUUUUUUUUUGAAAAGGGAUUUUUGCAAAAACAUGAACACCAGAGAACAAAAUCUUCUUGACAUUAUACUCAUAAUCUUUGUGGAAAUUGUUCUCUGUCCGAGAUCAAAUAAAUACUCUAAAUUCAGUCCAAUUUAUCUAGAAACGAAUGUAGGAACAUGUUCUUGGGUGUUCAUGUUUUUGAGUUUAAAGCACUUUAUGUUUUCUUUUUCAUUUAGCUCUUACUUGGUUUGAAAUUCUGUCAGACUUGUACCGGUUCAAAAGAUUAAAAAGAAAAGAAAAACAAUAGCUGAAUGGAAAAUACCAGAAAAAUCAAACCGUGUUUGUAUGUAAAAGCAAAUGUUGUGACACAUGCCAGCUGUUUAUAAUGUAAAUUAUUUAUUGAAUAAAAGAAAAUGUCUUGUUAA